UUAGCAGUGAGGCAUCUGUGACUGAAUAACGCAAGUUUUUAAAGCUCCUCCAAACUGAGAAGUCCUACAACUUACUGGGAAAUCUGGGGAUUGGCACUCCAGCCACUGGAAGAAUCUCACUCUGGUCAAUUCGGACUUGUGUGGUGCCGAGCAGUCUGAAAUGACUUCUCCUAUGAAGAGCCUUUCAUUAGACUACGAAAGGUUCCACAAGUGCUUCCGGAUUUCCCGUCAGGUGGCUUCGGAGCAUCAAGUUAUGUAUAAAUUCAUUCGUGAGAGUCUUCCUGGCAUCCUUGCAAGCACUUUGGAGGGCAAGACUACCUUUGAUGUUGUUUCACUUGGGAGUGGUACAGGAGAGGUGGACCUGGAGAUACUUUCACAGCUGAGUAAGGUUUUACCAGAUGUGAAGGUGGGCUGUGACAUGGUGGAACCCAGUGAGCCGAUGCUGGAGAAAUGCAAGGAACUUGUGUCAAGAACUCCCAGCUUGGACGAUGUAAACUUCACAUGGAAUCAGAUGACUGCCUCUGAGUUUGAGAAGCACUGGCGAGACAGCCAGCCAGAGAAGAAAGUAGACUUCAUUCAUAUGAUUCAGAUGCUGUAUUACGAAGUCGAUCCCGCUGCCGCUGUCUCAUUUUACCGGAGUCUCUUGAAUAAAGAUGGAAAACUUCUCAUCAUGCUUAAUUCUGGGGAGUGUGGCUGGAGCAAGCUGUGGAGCAUUUAUGGGAAUGAGCUGUAUCGCAGGGAAUUGAAGCUGACUCUCACUGCGGCAGACAUCAAGCGCAACCUAACUGCCGAAGGAAUCAGUUUUGAAGCCUUUGUGUUGCCUUCGACAAUCGACAUCACAGACUGCUUCAUCCCCGGUGACGAGAAGGGGGAACUGGUACUGGAUUGGCUCACCUCAGUGGUGGACUUCAGACGUACUGCUCCUCCAGAGCUGAAAGCCGGCGUGAUGGACCUCCUGCGCAGCCCCGACUUCACCACUGAGGUGGAUGGGAGAGCCUUAUUCAGUUGUAAUCUGGAGGUUUUGGUUCUAGGCCAGUAAGUGUGGAAGACAAGGAGGGAUGGCAAUAGAGUGACAUGACCUUCUUAUUCAUGAGUAAACCAAUCAAACAUACAUACAUAUAUUGUGAAGUGGAUUGAUUUGAUUCAUUUACCAAAUAUUAAGAGAUUGCACUGAUUAAAGGGGUGCUUACACUUACAAUAAAAUACUGCUAAGAUUGAUAAAAUAGGCAUAUAGUCUGCCGAAGUCUGCUAAACAAAGAGUGAAAAGAAAAAAGGUGAGGCCAAUAGAAGGACAAGGACAGUCUGGAAAUAACAUGCUGGGUUUGAGACAUGUGACGCAAAAGAUCCAAGUAUUUGGAAAAACUGAGAAGCAUUGCAAAAUAUGCUUAGAAUCAGAAUACUUCAUCAUUCCGGAGGAAAAUCUUUGUAGUUAGGGCAGUUAAGUCAAGAGGUGAUGCUGCGUGUAUGUUGACCUUUGAGAAGUACCAAAAUAGUUGGGGAGCCAAUAUUAUAUUAGCUGAAGUAAACAGCUUAAUUGCUAAUGGGAAAACAAAAAAUGGUAUGGAGGUGAAAUAAUUUCUGACCACUGAAAAUGAAGUGUAUGAAUAUAUGUCACUAGAACUUAUGUAACCUGUAAUCAUUUGCAAUGGAGUUGAGCCACUCAGAGAGAAAUCUUAGGUGUGACUCCAUCUGCAGAAAGCAAAUAAACUAACCUAAAAUUCAAAGAAA